UCUCCCCGCCUCCUCCCUCCUCCCACGGCCCCACGUCCCUCCCCGGUUGGGCUAAAGGCGGCGCUGGACCCGGACACAGAGUCCGCGCACCCGGCGCCCAGGCGGCCACCUGAGACGCGGCGUGCACGCUCCGGCCCGCGCCCGGCCCGGCCAUGGCGGCCCCCCGCCCGUCCCCCGCGAUCUCCGUCUCUGUUUCGGCUCCGGCUUUUUACGCCCCGCAGAAGAAGUUCGCCCCGGUGGUGGCCCCAAAGCCCAAAGUGAAUCCCUUUCGUCCCGGGGACAGCGAGCCUCUCCCGGCCGCCGGGGCCCAGCGCGCACAGAUCGGCCGGGUGGGAGAGAUCCCCCCGCCGCCCCCGGAAGACCUUCCCUUACCGCCCCCUCCCGUCCUUGGGGAAGUCGAGGAUGCAGAGGGCACCCUGGGAGGUGCCUUCCCACCUCCCCCUCCCCCGAUCGAGGAACUGUUUCCCCCGGCUCCGCUGGAGGAGGAGAUCUUCCCUUCCCCACCGCCUCCCCUGGAGGAGGGAGGGCCUGAGGCCCACGUCCCGCUCCCACCGCAGCCCAGGGAGAAGGUGAGCAGUAUUGACCUGGAGAUAGACUCUUUGUCCUCACUGCUGGACGACAUGACCAGGAACGAUCCCUUCAAAGCCCGGGUGUCCUCUGGAUAUGUACCCCCACCAGUCACCACCCCGUUCAUUCCCAAAACCAGUACUAAGCCUGCAGCUGGGGGCACGGCACCCCUGCCUCCUUGGAAGGCUCCUUCUAGCUCCCAGCCUGUGCCCCAGGCUCCAGCUCAGCCUCAGCCUCCGAGCCAUGUGCAGCCCCAGCCCCAGCCCCAGGCCAAGCCUCAGGUCCAGCUCCAUGUCCAGUCCCAGCCCCAGCCCCAGCCUGUGCCUCUGGCUAACAGUCAGCCUCGAGGUCCCUCAGCCCCAUCUCCAGUGACUCCCAAGUAUUCUCCAGUGACUCCCAAGUUCACUCCCGUGGCUUCCAAGUUCAGCCCCGGAGCCCCAGGUGGACCUGGGUCGCAGCCCAAUCAAAAGCUGGGGUCUCCGCAAGCUCCCUCUUCCACUGGCACAGGCUCCCCUCAGCCCCCCAGCUUCACCUAUGCCCAGCAGAGAGAGAAGCCCCGAGUGCAGGAGAAGCAGCGCCCAGUGCCCCCGCCGCCGGCUCAAAACCAAAACCAGGUGCGCUCCCCAGGGGCCCCAGGGCCUCUGACCCUGAAGGAGGUGGAGGAGCUGGAGCAGCUGACCCAGCAGCUCAUGCAGGACAUGGAGCAUCCUCAGAGGCAGACCGUGGCCGUCAAUGAGUCCUGUGGCCGGUGUCACCAGCCCCUGGCACGCGCGCAGCCUGCAGUUCGUGCCCUGGGACAGCUGUUCCACAUCGCCUGCUUCACCUGCCACCAGUGUGAGCAGCAGCUACAGGGACAGCAGUUCUACAGCCUGGAGGGAGCGCCGUACUGUGAGCGCUGCUACACUGACACCCUGGAGAAGUGCAACACCUGUGGGCAGCCCAUCACUGACCGCAUGCUGAGGGCCACGGGCAAGGCCUACCACCCACAGUGCUUCACCUGUGUGGUCUGUGCCUGUCCCCUGGAGGGCACCUCGUUCAUCGUGGACCAGGCCAACCGGCCCCACUGUGUCCCUGACUACCACAAACAGUUCGCGCCCCGGUGCUCCGUCUGCGCGGAGCCCAUCAUGCCCGAGCCUGGCCGCGAGGAGACCGUGCGUGUGGUCGCUCUGGACAAGAACUUCCACAUGAAGUGCUACAAGUGUGAGGACUGUGGAAAGGCACUGUCCAUCGAGGCCGAUGACAAUGGCUGUUUCCCCCUGGACGGCCACGUGCUCUGCCGGAAGUGCCACACUGCCCGAGCCCAGACCUGAGUGAGGACUGGCCCCUUCUCCCCGGGAGGCCAUUCCCCAACAGCGGACCACCCACACUGAGACCGCCCUGCCCCACCACUGGCCCUGCCCCCCUCGGUUAUUUUUGAUGUCCAGCCCCUCCCUCCAUUCCAAACCCCACCCAGCAUCCUAAGGGCCCCGAUCCAGGGGCCUGAACAAGGCCCAGGCUGCAGAGGCCCAGUCCUGGGUUUCCCGUUCUCCCCCAUCCUGCAGGGACCUCCCACCACCCUCCAGUACCCCACCAGAGGGUCACAGGGUUGAGCGCUGCUGCUUUCACUGCUGCACCGAUGCCCGCAGCUGGCCCCCCAGCAGCCUCUGCUCUGCUUGCUGGGGGCCAGGAGCCCCCCCUGAGCCCCCCAGGAGGUUGGGCUGGGCUGGGCUGACUGGUCUGGACAUUCCCACCUGCCUCCAUGCUGCCAGGUUGUGGCUAUAGCUACAAAUAAAAAACCUUCUUUUCCAGAA